AUGUUCGUUUCAAUGAUAGUCCACAUUGAUGAGUUAAUCGAGGACCCUACAAUUCACACAAAGCAUUGUUCGGUCUGUUGCUACAUUUCUAUCCCACGCACGAUGAGUCGGUGUACAUUGGAACACGGUAGCUGUGGACGAACCGAUCGUGUAGCAGACAACGAUCAAGAUAAAGAGCCAACAUGCCCGUCGAAAGAUAUUGCCAACGAAUAUACUGUCUUCCGGACAAGAAGUGGGCCUUGCUGUCUCCCGGAAAAGAGGAUGAAGCUUCAAGGGCCCAUACCAACGAUCAUGGUUAUAGAGAGUUUGGCCGAAACCACCUGUAUUAGUUACAUCCCAGCUUCCCGCGUUAUUAUAGGUCGAACUCUGAACAUGCAAAAAGCGGACGCUUGUCACAUCCUGCAUUCCACUCAAUUGAACCCUUUCACAUUGGAGUAA